UCCCUUCCCGUCUGACCCGGCCUUCCGCUCCCCGACUACAAAAUCCCCGCCCCCUCCCGUCUCCUCCUCCACCAAAUCAAUCCAAUCCCCUCUCCGCGAUCUCGCCGAGAAAAUCCUCGACCGAUCGAAAGGCAAGGCCCUCUCAUUUCUUCAAGAUGCAGAUCUUUGUGAAGACCCUCACCGGCAAGACCAUCACCCUUGAGGUCGAGUCGUCUGACACGAUCGACAAUGUCAAGGCCAAGAUCCAGGACAAGGAGGGAAUCCCUCCGGACCAGCAGCGCCUCAUCUUUGCCGGCAAGCAGCUUGAGGAUGGCCGCACCCUGGCUGACUACAACAUCCAGAAGGAGUCCACCCUCCACCUGGUGCUCCGCCUCCGUGGAGGCAUGCAGAUCUUCGUCAAGACCCUCACUGGCAAGACCAUCACCCUUGAGGUGGAGUCCUCGGACACCAUUGACAAUGUGAAGGCCAAGAUCCAGGAUAAGGAGGGCAUCCCCCCACGCACCCUGGCUGACUACAACAUCCAAAAGGAGUCCACCCUCCACCUGGUGCUCAGGCUCCGUGGAGGCAUGCAGAUCUUCGUCAAGACCCUGACGGGCAAGACCAUCACCUUGGAGGUGGAGUCCUCGGACACCAUCGACAACGUGAAGGCAAAGAUCCAGGACAAGGAGGGUAUUCCCCCGGACCAGCAGCGUCUGAUCUUCGCCGGCAAGCAGCUCGAGGACGGCCGCACCCUGGCAGACUACAACAUCCAGAAGGAGUCUACCCUUCACCUGGUACUCCGCCUGCGUGGUGGCCAGUAAGUGCCUGCUCAUGGCGCUGCUUCUGUCUCUGGGUUCACAGGUCUGGUGUCGUCGGUGUACUCCAAUUCUGUCGUGUUUCUAUCUCUGUUAUGUUUGUUUGUGUUUACAAACUUAUGAUGUGAUGUGGCUUUGAGUUUGGAUGAUGAAAAAGUGAUGAUAAGUUUACCCUUUAUAUCGUGUGUAAUUCUAUCGUUUGUGCCAUACCUGUGUUGCUACUACUGCAGAUUCUUGCAUUGAACUGGUCA